AUGGUAAAUAAUAUCUUAAUAAUAGGCAUAACAGGAAAUGGAAAAUCUGCUUUGGCUAGUCUUUUAGCCAAUAAUAAUGAAUUUAAAGAAAGUGGUGGUGGUAUCAGCAAAACCGAUCGCUUUCAAGUUAGUAAAAAAUAUCGUCUAAUUGAUAAUAUCGGAUUUGGCGAUACCGGCAAUAUUUCAGAAGAAGAGAUUUUUUUAGAAAUAGGCGAAGGAAUUCACGCGGCUAAAGAGGGAAUUAAUCAAAUUCUUUUUGUUUUUAAAGGACGAUUUGGUCCGGAGCAAGUAGAGGCUUUUAAAAAGUUUAAAACAUUUAUUUCGGAAAAUCGUCAAUCUUUACUUAGCGAAGACAACAAAGAUCUUAGAGAAAUAAUUGAUUCUUGCAAUGGCGAAACUUACAAACACUCGGAUGUUUUGAGAUCUGAUGGUAAUAGUCGACAUUCAAAUUUGCCAUUGAUAGGAGCAAAAAUUAAGGAUUUUAAAGGAAAGGAGGCUGAUGAUUAUGAUUUUGCUGAUUAUGUAAAACAAAAAAAGUGCGAUGAUUUUUCCUCAACCAGCAUAGAAAAACUAAGAGAAGCAUAUAAUAUUCAAAAAGAAAAAAUAAAUAAGUUAAAUAUUAGAAAUAAUAAAGAAUUUUUAAAGGGCGAAUUAGACCUAUCUGACUUUAUUAACCUAGAAAGUUUAGAGUGCUCAGAUAAUAAUCUAACAAAAAUUACUAUUUCUCCUUUAGCAAAGGAAAAAAUAAAGACUAUGGCUUUUGAUAAUAACAAUAGCCUAGGAAAAGGAAACACUUUAGAUUAUUUUAGUGAACUUAUUAACUUAGAAACUUUAAAAAUUAAUGCUACCUCUUUUUCUGGUUCAUUGAAGCCUCUAGCAAAUUUGACUAAAUUAGAAAGGUUAGAAAUCGGGGGAACUAAUAUAGAUUCUGGUUUGGAAUUCUUACCAAAAAGUAUAGAAGAUUUGUAUACUGAUAGUGAUCAAUAUCCUAACCCUCUUAAUCCCGAACCCAAAUCUACCCUGGCCAAUGUGCUUUUAAACAAAAAUGGCAAUUUUGAAGAAGUUUUUAGAGAAAGUUCUGGUAGUGUCAGUGAAACUAAGAAAAUUCAAUUUGAACAAUUUACAGAGAACGACGCUAGUUAUUUAAUAAUUGAUACUCCUGGCAUUGGUGAUACCAAAAUGUCGGAUAAUGAGGUACUAGAUAUCAUCGCCGGAGCGAUUUAUCAAGUUAGAAAUGGCCUUAGUCAAGUUUUAUUUGUCAUUGAUAGUAGGUUUGAUAAAUACGAAAUGACAACUUAUAACUUGUUAAGAACCAUUAUUUUUGAUGAAGAGAUUGCGAAUUACACUACUGUUGUUCGCACUAACUUUGCCGAUUUUAGAAGUAAAAAUAAACGUGAAGAGGAUAUAAAGUUAAUGAAAGAAAAAACUGGGGAAAAAAAGAUUGAAUUAGAAAAGAAAAUCUUAGAUAAUGAGAAAAAAAUAGAAAUUCUAUCUCCUGAUAGCGAAGAAUAUCAGAAGAUAUUAACAGAAAUCAAAGGUUUAAAAAAAGAAUUGGAAUCAACCCUCAGUGAGAUAAUUGAUUCUUGCGGAAGUAGGGUAAUUCAUGUGGACAAUCCACCUUCCGACAAAAGGUUAAGAAAAAAUUCUCGUAAAAAAAUACUAGAACACUUGAGUAGCAAAGUUUGCCAAAAUACUUAUAAACCUUCAAAAUUACAAAAGUUAAGUUGUGAGAUUGUUGCCUACAUGGAAGAUAAGGAGAAAAAGAGAAAAGAGUUAGAAGAAAAAAAGAAAAAGUUGGAAGGCACAGAAAAUAACCAAGCGGAUACAGAAAAUAAUGAAACGGAAUUAGUUUCUCAAUAUGAAGGAGAGAUGCCUACAAAUAAAGAAACGCUUAUAAACAAAGGAGAAACAUCCACUGAGUUCAGUUCUAUGACACCUAAUCAGUCUAUGACGUCUAGAAAAGAGGAUAAAAAAACCAUUCUUAAGAGAGGAAUAACUACGCUGCUGAAAGAAAUAGAAAAAACGCAAGAAAGAAUAAAAGAACUAGAGGAAGCCAAAGAAUUGCAAGAAGAACUCAAAGAGGUAGAAGAUAAAAUUCGAGGAGUGAUACGUGGGCAUAUACUCAACAAUAGUGCUGAAAUUCACAACGUAUUAGGUGGAGAUAUUUUUAUUAAGAGAAUCACUAAAGAUGAUUCUGAUCUUUCUCCUAAUGAUCUAGACUUCGAGAAUUUAAGGAAGAGAGAAGAAGAAUAUUACAACUUCACCCCCCAAGAGGCUAAAACCUGGCUAGAAGCUGGCCUAAUUUCUAAAAAGGCAAAUCUUGUUGCUUACUUAAAAGAAAAUGAUUAUUUUUAUCCUCUUGAGAAAAGGAAAGAAACAAAGAAAUUAGAUAUUGGUCAUGAAAACCUGACCGGUGCCUUAAAUUUGUCUGAUUUUACUAAUUUAGAGGAGUUGCAAAUGUCCUCUAACCAAAUAUCAGACAUUAGUUUUUUACAACAAUUACCUAACCCUGAGAAAUUAAGGGUGCUGGAUUUGUCUUCCAACAACAUUGACAGUGACUUAAAGCCUUUUUCUCGUUUUACUAAUUUGGAGGAAUUGAUUUUAGGAGAACGCUUUGGUAAAAACGGCGAUAACAUUGAAGCAUUAAAUUUAAAAAGAUUUCAUGGCUCGCUAGAACCUUUAAAAAAUCUAACAAAAUUAAAAAAACUUGAUAUCUCUAACACCGAUCUUGACAAAGGAUUAGAAUAUUUGCCCGAAAGUAUUGAAGAAUUUUAUUUUUCGUCAGAUUUAAGAGAAGAUUCUAAAGUAAAAAGUUACGCUGAUUAUUUAAAACAAAAAGGUCAUAAUCCCCCCGAUGCCAGUCAAAAAAAACUAAGAAAAAAGUAUGAAAAAUAUAUUGAGGAAGAAUUAAAGAAAGAAAACGCACAUGAGCUUAGCGAAGAAAUAAUUGAGCAAUUAGAGGAAUUUGAUCACAAUAGGUUGACUUCUGAGCAAAAAUUAUUAGUCAAGAAACUAAUACCAAAUAAGGAACUAAGGAAAAGAUAUAAGGAAGGUGGAUUGUGUUCGGAGUGUAAGCAGCCUAAUACUUGGGCUUAUAAAAAAAAAGUUGAUGGAUUAAUCCAAAAAACUCAGUCAGAAGCAGCCAACUCACAAGAGUAUGGCCAUAACAAAGUUUUAGGUAAAGGAGGAUUUGGUGAAGUUUACAAGGCAAAAUGGAAAGAUGGACCAAUUAAAGAGUGGAAUGUCGAAGAUAAAAUCGCCUUAAAAGUUUUAAAUGAUUCAAAAAAUAUAACUGCUGGUUUUUUAAAGGAAGUUGCCAAUCAUAAGGUAUGCAGUAGUAAAUUUAUUUUGCCACUUUAUGGAGUUUCCCGAGAACCUAAUGGCAACUAUGUGAUGGUAGUGGAUUAUAUGGAUAAAGGCGAUUUGAGAAAAAUUUUGAUAAAUGAUGAUAACAAUGCUAAAGUGCCACAAAUGGUAAAAGACAUAAUCAAGAAAUGUUGGGAUGCUGAUCCGGCAAAGAGACCAACUGCAAAAGAAUUAAAAGAGCAAUUUGAUUCAGUCUUUUCUAUAAUAUCAGAUACAAUAUCAGAAAAAGAAGAGUUUACAGAAUUUACACCAACAGAAAUUAUAAGUUUUGUUGCCACUAAACUUCCUAAAUUACCUUCACGAGUUUAUAAGUUAGGGGAAUUUGACAACAUUGAGAUUCCUCGAUUCGAACCCCAUCCUGAGGCAUCAAGACACAGCAAACCUAUAAAUACUAGGGAAAUCAGCAAAAUUUUUCACGCUAUUAAAGAUCUUGAAUUAGAUGUCAACAAAAUUGAUGGGGAGUCUAUUUUAGAGCAAUUGAUUGGCUCACUCAAGGAUAAAUUGAAAAGCAAAAGUUUACUUUCUAGAGAUAAGCAAAAAAUUAGGGAAGAAAAACUGGAAGCACUUUUUAAAGCCAUUCCAGAAACUCCAGAAGAAUUUAUCAAAGAAUUGGAAAAUAUUAAACCAGGAUUAAGCAAAGGAAUACCUGCUGAAAAGAUAAAUGCACUUUUAGCAAUUAAGAAAGAUAUUUCUAAGUCAGUGGAGUUAGUAAUACUUGAGGACGAAGACCAAGGAACUUCUUACCAAGCCCAACAAGAAAUCCCUCCUAAGUAA